UAUACAUACAGCAUUAACUGCUGAAUAGUCUUCUGUUUGCUUCAUUGAUGAAGCCAUAUAGUCAGUCAUCUUCAACCCCAUUCAUUUCAGUUGUCUACUGCAUGCCAAGAUGAACAUUUUCAUGUCUCUCCUUUCACUGCAGCCCUGGUUCUUUGUUUUCCUAUCAAUGUUUCUCUACAUGUUUCACGUAAUUUUUUGUUAUUUCCAACGAGUUUCCAAGUGUUCCGGUCCCCCAACGUUCCCUGUAAUCGGAUGUUUGGUAGCCUUUUACAAGAAUCAGCACCGGUUGUUGGAUUGGUACACUGAACUCCUGGCAAAAUCAGCUACCAAGACGAUUGUUGUCAGCCGGUUUGGUGCACGAAGAACCAUUGUGACUGCAAACCCGGAAAACGUUGAGUACAUGCUCAAAACGAACUUUAACAACUUCCCCAAAGGCAAGCCUUUCACUGAGAUUCUUGGGGACUUUCUCGGCUAUGGCAUAUUUAAUGUGGAUGGGGAGCUCUGGAGAACCCAACGCAAGUUAGCUAGCCAUGAGUUUAGCGCCAACUCGUUGAAAGAAUUUUUGAUGAAUAAACUCAAGGAUGAAGUUGAAAACCGGCUGUUGCCGGUGCUGGAGGGCGUAGCGGAGACAUCUCAAGUGGUAGACUUGCAGCAGUUGCUCAGGAGACUUGCUUUCAAUAUGAUUUGUAAAGUUUCGUUCGGGGUGGAUCGAUGUUGCUUAGAUCCUUCUUCGCCUGCUCUGUCGCUGGCAAAAGCUUUUGACAUGGCAUCAGAGAUAUCCGCCAGGCGUGCAACUGAACCUUUGUUUUUGGUUUGGAAGAUUAAGAAAUGGUUUGGAAUUGGAUCCGAGAGAAGACUUAGAGAUGCCAUUGAAGUAGUUCAAGAAUAUGUGGAAGAAAUUAUUCAAAGUAAGAAGAUGACAAUUCAUGGUAAAGGAAAAGAUUGUCAUCAGGAUUUCUUAUCUCGAUUGAUAUUGGGUGGGGAAGAUGAAGAGGUGAUAAGAGAUUUGAUGAUAAGCCUGAUUAUGGCAGGUCGAGAUACAACUUCAGCAGCAAUGACAUGGCUAUUCUGGUUGAUUUCCUGCAAUCCUGAAAUAGAGCAAGAGCUUGUUAAAGAGAUAAAAUUCACUAAGGGAAAAACAUUCGAUUACGAAUCACUGAAAGAAUUAAAAUUGUUGAAGGCUAGCCUUUGUGAGUCCAUGAGACUGUACCCACCAGUGGCCUGGGACUCAAAACAUGCUGUUGUUAACGAUUUGUUGCCAGAUGGGACACCAGUCCAGGCAGGAGAUAGAGUGACAUAUUUUCCUUACGGAAUGGGAAGAAUGGAAGCAUUAUGGGGUAAAGAUUGGUUCGAGUUCAAACCAGAGCGGUGGUUCUACAGAAAGGGAAAACCAAAAAGGGUAUGUCCAUAUAAAUUUCCUGUUUUUCAAGCUGGUCCAAGGGUUUGUCUCGGAAAGGAGAUGGCUUUCAUUCAAAUGAAGUAUGUAGUAGCUUCAAUAUUGGAGCAGUUUGAAAUCAUACCAGUCAGGUCCGAUCAACCAGUCUUCGUGCCACUCCUGACGGCUCACAUGGCCGGCGGAUUAAAAGUUUUGGUUCGCCGGAGAGAUCAGCAAUUAAAAUAGACUUCCAAUUGGUUUAGUCAAGAGUCAAUGAUAUUAAUUUAAAUUGGAUAGGCAAUGGAACAUGCCAAUUGCCAAAGCCAUGGCACAUUGCCUCCCAUGUAACAUAGCUAGGAGGAAAAUAAAUAUUAUGUAUAACAAUCAUAUAUUAAAAACUUUAUACAUUAUUUUUAUCAGCUUCGCUAAUCAUACUGAUUAGAU